UCUGCGUCAGUGUUUGCUCUUCUGGCCAUUGUUGGGAUUAACAAGCCUAAUUACAGAAUAGGCUUUGACUCUGUUCCUCAAUUGUCUCUUUCAGCAAGAACAUGUCUGCUGUUACUUCUUGGCUACAACAUUGCAGGAUUACUAUUGAGGUGGCAGGCUAUAGACUAUGCUGCUCACAUUGGAGGAGCUCUGUUUGGCUGCUAUCACUAAAUUCAACACAAAGACAAGGCAGUCCAAGAGAAAGAACAUGGAGGUACUAUUAGACGCUCGUCACUGGCACAAGCAGCAAUUGGCUUUCUACAGCACUAGAGAGAUGUACACGUUAGCCAUUCUGUUUGCACUGAUCUGCCUCGUUGAUUUUUCAUCAGCAGCAGAGUGCUCCAAUCCCGGAAGGCAGCAGUUUGGGUACCGCAUAGGCAACAGUUUCACAGAGAACGCUGAGGUGCGGUACGUGUGCAGGUCCGGCUACACGCUGGUCGGAUCGAGCACGAGCAGAUGCAACUGCACAAGAGGAGCUUGUAAUUGGAAUCCCCCGCAGCCCAAGUGUAUUCGAGCUUGUAGAAACCCUGGAAAAAUUGGUAAUGGCCACGUGCUUGGAACGGAAUUCCAAGCGGGUCGCUCAUUACGAUACCGCUGCGCGGAAGGAUACCGAGUCUCUGGAUCAGACUACAGUGUGUGUCGCUGUUUUGGUUCUUCCUGUCGAUGGGUCCCGCCUCCAGCUAGUUGCGUACCACUCGAGUGUCCUGCUCCUGAUAAUAUAACAAACGGGCUGGUUCUCGGGACGAAAUUUCUCGAUCAUCACUGGAUAGCUUUUCAGUGUCUUCCUGGAUACCAACUGAACGGGUCUUCUCACAGUAUAUGCAGCUGCUCGAAUGAUACGUGCUCUUGGUCAUCUCCACCUCCUAAAUGUAUCGAGUUGGCUUGUGGUGAUCCCGGCGUGCCAGAGCAUGGAAAUCGUGUGGGGCCGACGAACUUUACAGCCGGAGCACUUGUGAGUUAUAGCUGUGACUCCGACUAUUAUCUACUCGGACAGUCUGAGAGUACGUGCUACUGUCUUCCCAAUACAUGCCAGUGGUUACCGUCCAGACCGGUGUGUACGAAAGGCUGUGGGAAGCCUCAUCCGAUUCCUCACUGUAUUACGAGUGGAACCGACUGCGGUCCAGGCGGUACUGUCCAGUUUCAAUGCCUUAACGGCUAUUGGCUAGAAGGGAGCCGGUCAGCAUCGUGUGUCUGCACUGGCGGUCAGUGUCAUUGGGAUCCAAUCCCUCCACAUUGUAUUGAACUACAGUGUCCACGUCCACGCAAGCCGAAAAACGGGUAUAGAAGAGGCAGAAACUUUGGCCUUGGAGAUCGCGUCUCGUUCGGCUGUCGGUUUGGUUAUGAUCUUCAGGGUUCGCACGAGAGUGUGUGUCGCUGUGUUGGCAAGAAUUGCAAUUGGCAGCCUCGACUCGAUCAGACGUGUGUAGCCGUUCAAGCAAUGUGUGCAGCAUCGGAGCUAUUGCCUUAUGGACGAGUGAUAGGAAGUCAACGAGAAGUGGGAAGAACCGUACAAUACGUGUGUAACAGUGGAUAUCGACUGGAGGGAGCGGAAACGAGCGUAUGCUCGUGUCACGGUCAUCCGCAGACUUGCAGUUGGGUUCCACAGCCGCCACGCUGUGUUCUCGUAGCUUGUGAAGCACCGAAAUUGGAUCACGGUCGCGUAAUGGGAACUAGUCGAAUGAUGUAUGCAGCACGUCAGCUCGUUAGAUUCUCUUGCCAUUCCGGAUUCGCUCUGAGUGACUCGUCGGACAGAGUGUGCAAGUGUAGCAAGGGCACGUGCCACUGGUCACCCAGUUUACCGACCUGCAUUAAAAAUCAAUCCGCGCCGGUGUGCCCUCGUCCUCUCCCCGUCGUGAACGGUCACGUCACCCUAUCCGGACAGCACGUCGGAUCUGUGGCUAUUUACGAGUGUUACUACGGUUUUCACUUACGUGGACAACGAAAAGGUUACUGCAGAAGCAACGGAACGUGGAGCAGUGCGCCCCCCGUUUGCUCGCGUGUGAGGUAGACACAUAACGGAUACAUAGACUACAAAAACUUUGAUCAGGUAUGAUGUAUAUUAGGUAGUAUGCGAUAGUGGGUACUGUAUAUUACUAGUUCUAGAUACUGUAGCUAAUAAUAAUGUGACCGUUUAGUAUCGGCGGUCUGCCAUAGUUUGCGCUACGUUGCCUGGUAGCUCUUUCCUUGAAAGUGACUGUCGAACUUUCAACUUAAUAGAGUAGGCUGUAAGAAGUGAUAAAAUGUGGUUUUAUAUAAUAUGUUGUCUAAAUCGGUAUUGAUGUAUGAUUGA